GACCGGAUGUUUGGAAGUUUCAAUCUCCGCCUCGUCGUGCGUCACUCUGACUCGCGGCGAGGCGGCAAAGGCUGCGUGAAAAGUUACAAUGCAGUAACGACAGAGGUGGAAAUACUCCGAGGACAGACGGAAGUACAGCCUUGCUGCUCGCGAAACACGAGCUUUAACAAUGGUGCUAAAACAGUGUCAUUCGCGGUUUAAACAGUUUCGUGUCAACCACCCGGAAAAGUGGUAUGACCUUUGUUUGAACAGAGACAGAGUUGGAGGUUUUGUGACAGCGCAGUCGUCCGUUUCCAAAAGCCUUUCGGGUUUGACAGCUGUGAACGCCUCACUGUGUGUCCACGGUGCCAUCAGUCCACCUUUCAGAUACUUUGAGCAGCCGCUGUUAAGAAGAAGACAAGCUUUUCAUCAGAUUACUCAUCUUUCUACGGUGACACAGAUGUCCGCAAGAGAGCUGAGUACCUCCACCAAAUCCUUCCAGUAUGAUCUGAAACCAGGCGUCCCCAAGCCUGAAGGCGGGAGGCUAUUUUUUGAUACACACGCAGUGGUGCGACUCUUUGAGGAAAAUGGCUUCACUACUCAGCAAGCCGAGGUGUUGGUUAAAAUACUAGUGAGGAUGACAAAUUCUAACAUGGAUGUCAUCUAUAAUGACAUGGUAACCAAAGUGCAGCAGGAGAUUAUGUUGCAGCGUGUGAUGUCUCAAAUAGCAACUGUGAAGAAGGACAUGAUAAUCCUUGAGAAGAGCGAGUUCUCUACUUUACUGGCAGAGAAUGAGAAACUCAAGAUCCAGUUAUUGCAGCUCAAGGUCCAGCUGGCUGAUGUUAUGAACAAAUUGCGCUCAGACACUAUUUUGGACAUGAAUUUGGAGAAAAGUCGUGUAAAAGAAUUGAAAGCAGAACAUGAGAAGAAACUUCUAGAAACACGCAACGACAUAAUGGAAAUGACUGCAGAGCAAGAUCGUCAUCUAACUCAGACCAACAUGAAAAUUGACACUGAAGUGGCUGGUUUGAAAACCAUGUUAGAGUCUCAUAAGCUGGAUACUAUAAAAUACCUUGCAGGUUCAGUGUUUACCUGUCUCACCGUGGUCUUGGGUUUCUAUCGUAUUUGGAUGUAAACAAGACACAAUUUUUUGAUUGAUUUUCAUAUAAUCCCUGGUAACACUUGAACUUUUAAUGCAUCCUCUGUCAGAACCCAAAUCUUUUCCAUGAAGUAAAAUUUGAUUUUUAUGAUGCAAUCUUUUUAUUUUCACAGAAGUAAGAGUUUUGACAGAGGCCAGUUGUUGUUGUUUUUUUAGCUGCCCAUCAUUAUUUUUUGGCUGCUGGAACACAGUUGCGCACAAAUAUACUUUAUUAAUGUUUUAGACAGAAUAAUUGUAUUGGGUUGGGAAUUUAACAUCCCAAAAAGAAACUUGUUACUCAAAAAAGUGCACAUAAAUAUAGAAAUACGGACCUCUUAUUCAAAUAAUGUUGUUUAAAAAUGAAGUAACCUUUUUAAAAAUAUUGUGUAUUUAUUUUGCAGAAGAGAUAAGGAGGACUAUUUAAUUUGACUCUUGACCCCUCCAUUGUAUUAUUACAGAUAUUUAACUUGCAUCUGUCUGCUUUGCAAUUUCAGAAAUGUUUUAAUGUUUGAUUAAUUGCUGCUAUUUGAAUAAAACGAGUUGUCAACCAAA